UUUCAUUCACGGCUCACGCAUCGACUCGACUUUCUUUCGGGAAAUCAGAAAUGUUCAAAGAAAAUCUCGUGUUAUUGAAAAUAUGACUCACAUAUCAAAUUUCGCGGUAGAUAUUACAUGUAUUGGACGUGAUAACAGAACAUAAAAGUAGUAUUUUUUGCUGAUAAUACAGUAUUUAUUAUUGUCAAAGGUGUUAUGGAAAGUCUUAGUCAUGAAAUGCUUUUUUGUGAUUAUUGUUGUGUGUGUUUCUCUAAGUGAAAGUGUAUCCUUAAAUCCAGAAAGGGCAGAUUCCUCGACUGUUUCUAAGGGUAACGCGACAUCGGAGCAGAAAGUAUGGAACAUAAAACUUGACAUAUAUUUUUCAAAAACACUUCCGAGCUUGAUAAAAAAGGUCCACGGGGAGGACAUGCGGCUGCGAUGCGAGGCGACUAUGAACUUCACCCGCGUGGAGAAAACUACCAAGAACAAGGAAGGCGUGGAGACGUCGCAAGCGGAAGUACCGCCCGACCAUAUCCUGCAGACGCUCAUGAAAAACGUCAAAAUGUACUGGCUUAAAGAUACUAAAAUUAUCAGCAACACUACUAGAUUAAAAAUUCUCAAUAGAAUGGACAAGAAAAACGGGACUUUAGGUACUCAUUUGAGGAUCAAAGACAUAGAUGACAGUGAUGAAGCCAACUACACCUGCGUCAUCCGGCAGAGCUACGAGAAGAAACAGACAACGACGCUAAAAGUACUAAAAGAUGACGAAAACGAUGAACUACCAAAGUACACUUCAUUCCUACCUAGUGCAGAAGUGAACAAUCAACUGGAGAUGCUUAUUAAAACAACCCCCAAUCUGCUGUCCGAGGACAUCCGUUCACAGCAUGCAAGUGUCACCCCAGCCCCAAACACCACCAUCACCAGGAAACUGGAGCCAAUCUGUCAAGAGUAUGUAGGCAAUGUGUGUGCCGCACAUCUCAAGGGUCAUUUUGUUUACAUUCCUUACAACACAACUCAGCUGGCAGUAGAGGACAAGCUAUUGAAAGCCCUGCAAGUCACAAAGUACUCUAAUGAUAUAAGUUCCAACUGUGAGGGAUUUGCCUUGCCAAGUUUGUGUUAUUCAACAUUCCCUAUUUGCCGCAAUCCAAUUAUUACAAAUGAAAACUUCUUUAGAGAGGCCAAAGAAGUAUUUACGCAACCUAAUACAGCUGACAGAGCUCAGAAUACCCCAUGGGUGAUCUUUGAUAACUCACCUGCAGGGCUCAUACCACAGUUCAACAGAAAUCUUAUGGCACAGUCAUUUGAUUAUCGUUACAAUUCCACAGUAUUAAAGCGUGUCUGCAAACAGGAUUGUGAAAUAUUAGAGAAUGAGUUGUGUCAGACUGAGUAUGCUAUAGCCAAAAGACAUCCCCACAUAGGUCAGCAGCUCACCUUAGAAGAAUGCCAGAGCUUGCCAGAAAAUGACUCGGAAUGCCUCAAAAUUGGGAUUGGUGACCUUAUGGUGUCAGAUGAUGAAUGCUAUUGGGAAUAUGGCCAGGGCUAUCUAGGAAAGGUGAAUACUGCUGGUAAUGGUAUGGCAUGCAUAGAAUGGUCCAAGCAACUUAGGAUUAAGAUUUCAGAUUAUCCAGAACUGACUGGUUUGCACAGUUACUGUCGAAAUCCAGGAGGAAAGGAGCACCAGCCCUGGUGUAUGGUGGACAACGAGGGAAGACUGGAAGUCCAACACUGCGACAUUCCCAAAUGUGCAUUAAAAAUCUGGAUAUAUAUUGUUGUAAUAUUUCUCUUGUUAACCUUAUCAAUUGUGAGCUUCAUUAUUUGCUUAUGUUACAAAAAUAAAAGCAAAAACAAUGCAGCCGCCAUAAGAGACAUAAAUUUGCCAAAUGCAGACAAGAAUAUUUAUGGUAAUUCUAGAUUAAAUUCUCCAAUAGAGAUGAGUGAAUUGUUGACAAAUCAGAAUAUGGCCAAUCAACCGCACCUAACCAGGAACACGAGAGGUAAUGGUAUUCUGAGGAUACCUCAGUACUCUCUAUCACAAAUUAAAUUUUUAGAAGAAUUAGGAGAGGGGGCAUUUGGAAAAGUAUACAAAGGAGCUCUCAAGAAGAAUGGUGAAACACAUUAUGUAGCCGUUAAAGCAUUGAAGGAAAAUGCUUCUGCUAAAACUCAAGCGGACUUCAGAAGAGAAAUAGACUUAAUUUCAGAACUCACUCAUGAGAAUAUAGUAUGCAUAGUGGGAGUGGCUCUCAGUGAGGAGCCUCUGUGCAUGCUUUUUGAGUUUAUGGCUCGAGGGGAUCUGCAUGAGUUCCUCAUGGGACGAGCACCACCUUCAGGCAAGGGCCUGCCCCCCUUGAGGCUCCUUAGUAUUGCUUACAACAUUGCUUCCGGAAUGCAGUACCUGGCAUCCCAUCAUUAUGUCCACAGAGACUUGGCAGCAAGAAACUGCUUGGUAUCAGACGAUUUUGUGGUUAAAAUAUCUGACUUUGGGUUAUCAAGAGAUAUCUAUAGUUCAGAUUAUUACAGAGUACAAUCUAAAAGCUUACUGCCAGUCAGAUGGAUGCCACCUGAAUCCAUUCUCUAUGGGAAAUUCACUACGGAGAGUGAUAUCUGGUCCUAUGGAGUUGUACUAUGGGAAAUUUACAGUUAUGGAUUACAACCUUACUACGGGUAUAGCAACCAGGAGGUGAUAGCAAUGGUUCGCGGCGGCGAGCUGCUGGCAGCCCCUGCCGCGUGCCCCGCACCUAUGUAUGCCCUCAUGCGCGACUGCUGGAGGCACAUGCCCCAGCGGAGACCCAACUUCGAGGAGAUAGUAGUCAGGAUACAAGGCUGGAUCACAACGGGCGGGUGCCCCGAAACAGCAGCAUCCGAGUCCGGCAGCAGCGAAUGCGGUCACCGCGGCUCCGUUCGCGAGCUCCAAGAGCGAGCACCCCUCCUCCCGCCCCACUGCUCGGCUUCUAAUGGCUCCCUCCCGACAGGGAGCCUAAAAAAGCUAAGUGUAGCCGGCUCUAGCUCUAGAGUCGACGAAACAUGUUCCACUUGCAGCGAAGGCCCCCCGCUAGUGCCCAAAAAGAAACACAGCUCGGGAUCUCUCAUAGAUGACCGCGGGACAAAGGAUACUGUCGUCAGGAUACAGAAUACUCAGUACGGUAACGAGAUAUAAGUUAUUUGUAGGUAUGAUGUGUUACGAAUGUUUGUAGGGAGUUUUUGCGGAUGCGGAUGAUUUAGUUCAAAACCCAGAAAUUCCAACGGAAUUCAGCAACGUAAUUUUAUCACUAACGUAGUUCAUAUACAAUUCACGCACGCAAGACCUUUUUGUCAUGUGUGGACACACCUGCCUAAGGAAUUAAAAACCUAUAAAUAUAAUGUAUCUGUCCGGAUCCGCAUACGAGAAUAUAAAUUAUACUGAAAUUAUCCAGCAUCCGCAACAUCCUAGUUUCAUAGUUAGACAAAUGAAGACUCGAAGCGGUAGCUUUUGGGCACUUUACUUUUUAUGUCAAUUGAGGGGGAGUUUUUAUGGCGUAAUGUUGAAGUUCGGACCACCCCGGAUACUCAAUAUAAAUAAACAAAACACUACAAUGGGAACACUAUAUUCUUAUUUUAAUUUGCUGGAGUGAAUUGACAGACAUCAUAUUAAAUAUUCUGAAUUAUAAUACUGAUAAUUAGCGUUACUUAGAACCAGUGAAAGUAGGGAAACUAUUAUUAUUAUAUACUUUUAGGCCAUAUAAGGCAGACACAUCACAUCAAUAGACGCACGCAAUCGUUAGUUUCCUCCAACAUAUUAAAAAUGACCACUUUACAAAUAGUCUGUCGUAAAAUGGUAAUAAAAACAAAAAGCAGCUGCAUAGAUAGACGUCGGAAGUAUUUAUUAGUCUUAGCUUUAAAACGAAUUAGAUACCUAUUCGUAAUAUCCGUUUUUGUAACAGAGUGAUGAAAAAUAGGAAAUAAGCAGCUGUGUAAUAUAUAAAGAAAUUAGGAUAAGUAUAUGUUAGUAUUUAAUGCGUCGGCAUCUAAUUUAUAACGAAUUGUUGUCAGUACCUUUUUGUAUUGCCCUUUUAUGGAUAUUUCCUUAGUUCCUGCCAUUAUACUAUAUUUAGUAUUUUUUGUUACUAAAUGUUGACUGGUAGCUAUAAUUCUACGUUAUUUAUUGUACUUAAUUAUAAGAACAGGCAGUGUCCGAUCAGCUAUCACAGAUAUGUCAGUAUUAUAUACGUCUUAAAGUUACACGAGAAAAUUUUAUGUUUAUUUAGUUAUAGUAUUGUAACAUAACCACGGCCACGAAAAUUAGUAAUAGUAGACGACAUAUUUUGGCGAUUUUUGACAUUCAAUAAAAUAACAUUCCCGACGUUUUCUAUAAACUUUACAUAUUGGGUUUAUUUUUCUUUUCUUACGUUAUUUAAUAUUUUUCACUGUCGCCCACGUAUUUACUAAAGUUAUGGUGCGUGACGCGCGGCGAAAGUAGACACCUGAUAGCAUUUGUUUCGCGUGGUUGCAAAACACUCAUUCCCCUGCUUGUGCUUAGAGAAUCAUUUUAAUUGACUUGGAAUAUUCAACGUUUUUGUGCGCGAGACAAGACUGCAGGCGUUAUAAUCGGUGUUUUAAUUUACAUAGAUAAUAUAUAUAGCGUUGUAAAAAGCAAGUUACAGUGGAGUGUAAAGAUAUCGUCGUAAUUUUGUGUCAGACAUUUUUUUUUUUCGCAACUGACUCUAGCUAGAAUCAUAGAUACAGAACCUAUCCAUUGCAGUGUUUUUUAAACUAUGGGUAGCGACCCCCUAAGCCUCUAUCGGCUGCAAAGCAAUACAUAAGCGAAAAAUACGUUGUACGUAUGUACUAAGGGGGUCGCGUCAUCAAAAAGGUUCCAAACUCUGCUCUAUUGGGUCAAAUUUUACAUUAUCAAUGUAUCAAAAAUACACUCCAGCUCGAUUCCCAAGAAUCUUGUCAAAAUUACAAUCUUGUCAUUUUGAAACCACAAUCAAGAUUAUAAUCAAAAUCACUGUGUCAUCGUUCCAUUUGUUAUUCAGUAGAUAAUUUUAUUGGCAAGCUGGGGCCUAUGAUAAACGCGCAACGUCCUGACACAACAAGUAAUCGAAACAGUCUCAAUCUGAAAGAAGCACCUAUCAAAUACCUGCAUCAAUCAAAAUUAACUCUUAUAAGGUUUUUUUUUUUGUAAGGAUGUUUAGUCUGUAUUUAAUAGUAGGUAUUUAUUGAUUAGUCUGGUUGAUGUAAAUUAUAAGUAAGUAUAGUAUUUGUCUUUAAAAUUAAACUUCCAGACAUUCCGUUGUCGGAUCUGUCCUGAAGUUGUUUUCUUCUUCCGUGUAAGAACCCACGUCUAAUGACUUGACGGCAGAUAAUUUUCGAGAGCUAUAAUGAACCUUAAAGCAAUGACCUUAGAGUUACAAGUUCAAAGCCUUCGUUAAAACGUUCUUAGGUACUUGCCAUUAUUUUAGAAAUUUCCACCUUAUAGUUAUAGCAUUAAGUUUCAUUAUUGUUCAACUUCAAAAAAUCUCUUGCCCUAAGUAGACGCCGGUUCUAAGUACUGCCUGUAAGUAACGCUGAUAGAUUGAAAUUAAAUAGGUUUUAAGUACUUAAUAAGUAAAUAUACCGUUUUCACAGUUGUGAUCGCAUUUUGUACCUUAUAAGUAUUUAAUUUUUUGGAUAUUUUUUCUGGUACUUUAGUAAUAAUGGUACUUCCCGUACUUGCCAAAGACUUUGUUUCGUAUGUGAUACAUUACUUUUAACUAGACAUAUUGGUAUCCUUUUGUAAAUUUUAUUUAUAAAUCAGUUUUCUAAAACAACAGUGUUUUUACUUACAUAUUUAUUAAAUUUUUAUAAUGAAACAA